AGCAACCGGUAAAAAGAAGAAAAUACCAAUGAUAUACGAAUUCGGAUGCUAAAUUUAUACACACAAGAUCUGACAACACAAAAAAAUUUCAAUUGGUGAUUUAUUAUUUCGAAAUUUACGAGAGAAUAUGACGGAACGAGAAACAUGCUCAUACAAACAAACAACUCCCCUUGACGCAACUGCUGAAACGAUAUUCCGCAACUCAUGACACUAAUUCUCACUAAUAAACUUAAUUUCCUCACUAAUUACUAAUUAGCAAGGUAAAUGACUCAUCAGUAGCCAUCUUCUCCUCCCAUUUCACAUCCUCCAGCCGGAGAUCGGCGUAAUAAGUAGCUGCGGAAAACCGGGGGAAACCGUCGCCGUCGAUUUUGAUUCACGUUUCCCUGUAUUAUCAUUAUACGGUUAGCACACUACUCCUCCAUUUUCUACUGCAAUCGUUUGUUUGUUUCACUCUCUGUUUUCAUCUAAGUUUUUAUCUUCUUGGUAUGGUAUCAAUGGCUCCGAAUUCGUCGUCUGUGCUCUGUACUCUGCGUCUCUACAUACAUUUUCUUGUAUUCGAGGAAAUCCAGAACCGAAAAAUCGUCCAUUGUGUUGAUUCCUCGGUUUGAAUUGAAAAAAAAAAGUGUUAAACAAAUCAAUCAAUCACGAUCCUUCAAUUAAUUGCAUAAUAUUGCUUUUGGAAUCUCCUCUCUUGUUUGUUCGGGAUAACCGGUGAUACUCAUCAAGAGACUUACAAAACGAAAAAAAAGAGUGCAAAAAUAAAUGAUUGUGAUAUCAAAUCAUACUAAUUAGUUGUAUCAGUUACUAAUUUAUUAAAAAUUAACGAGUUUUUUUUUUUCGUACGAUAUUUAUACUUUGAAUUAGUAGCCUCGCCGGGGUAACAGAAAACUCCCGUCUCGGGAGGAAAAAUGUGGAUCCGUUUUUUUUUUUUUUUUUUGGUUAGAGUAGAGUGUUAGGUUGACUAUUGGUGGCCAUGAAUGAUUCGUCCUUUUUGUUCCACAUGCUCUGUCUCCACUUCCUUUACAAACUAGUUUUUUCUUUCUUUUGUGAUUCUUAUGAAUUAAGCACGAGGUCCAUUUCCUCCAUACCAGAGAUUCGAUGAUGGAAGGGAAAAAGACUAUUGAGAAACAAAGCCUCAUAGCCUAAUAAGUCUCUAACCCUAAGCCUCAUAGCCCUCGCCUCACACACGCCCUACCCUGUCAAUCGAGGAGACGGGUACCAUUUUUGUAUCCGUUUUAUAUCCGAAGGCUUACCAUAUGUAACACAAGAGUUCUCCACUGAUUCUUUCUUGUCGAGCAGCUUGGCAGUUUCCACCGCCUGUCCAGGGUUGAGCCCUGAGAUUUGACGGAAGACUUAAAAAGCCACCUACGGAAGCUUUACGCCCAAUCAUUCCGGAUAAAGCUUGCAUCCUCUGGAACCCUCGCUUGUUGAACUACUUUAGAAUUCAACUUUCAAGCUGGGAUACUUGACUUCCAGCUUUCUAUCGCAUAUUCGGCUGUCAGAUCCCUACAAGGGCUCCUGUUGCUAUCAACGAGUCAAUAUGCCCGAACCUGGCUCCAGGAUAGAGAACAGAUAGGCUCUUCCGUCUGUUGUCACAAAGAAGUUGCACAGUAUUAUUAUGAUGGUAGUUUGGCUUUGUUACCUUAAUGAUCGGUCUAAUUGUAAUGUGAGGAUCUGAACAUCCACCAAAUUUUCCACUCGCGAACAUUGAACGACCAACAAUCAACGAAAUAUAAUAUGAUCCGUCUUUGGUUAGAACUAGACAGGAUAGUCCUCUUCGAUUUGUCUUCUUCCCUCCAAUCCCCAUGUAGCAAGAUACAUAAAAGUCCGCAAACUGACAAACACAAAAUGCUGCUGUGUCCAGUGCUACAAAACCAAAAAACCUCACGCAGCUGCCUGGUGGACCAAUAAUCUGCCGAGCUUUCUUCCCCAAGCGAGGAGCUCAUUGCCACCACAGACCCUGCUAGUUUCCUGGUUCUAAUUGAAGGAGAAAAAGAAGAAGAGGAGGAAAGAAAGAAAGAAAGAAGUAGGAUAAAAUCUGAAAGAGAUGGCCAAGGUUUGUUUAUCUUCUCCUUCUCCAUUUAUACCCACUUUCUGUUUCAUGUCUCUUUUCCAUAUACUCCUCUUUCUCCACUCCACGUUCUGGUUUUUCUCAUUUCAUGGGUUUUUGAUUCCUCAUAAAAGCUUCAACGCGUUACAGGUUUCCAAUAUUUGUGGCACUGUUAUGCGGAAAUCUGUUGCGUUAACUUCCCUGUUUUGUUCUCCGUGACAGAGAGAGAAAGAGAGUGCGUUGUGUCAUUUUAAAGUUGGCUCUGUGGCUAGAUUUUUUUGUUUUUUGUUUGAGAAACGUGAUAUUUACCCCACGGGAUUCAGGGGAAAAUACGUACAGACUCCUCUUUCUCUCUACCUUCCUUCAUUCCCUCCUUCCCUCCCUCCCUUCUAGCUUCCUUCACCUUCCUCCAUCCCACAAAUUUAUAAAUAUGGUGGAACAAGCGCCUUUACUUUCCUCCUCUGCAAUUUCUUAUCCUCGUUAUACACUGAUGGCUGAUCAAUCCGCAGGAGGUUACAGUGUGGAUGGAGCGAUCAUAUCAAUGGGGUUUGGGCUCUUCCAAACCCUAAUGUGCGUUUAUGCUGGGAUGGGUUGGGUUUCUGAGGCCAUGGAGAUGAUGAUCCUGUCGUUUAUUGGGCCAGCAGUGAAGUCCAAGUGGAAUCUCAGUGCUGAUCAGGAGACUGUUCUAACCGUUGUGGUCUUCGCUGGGAUGCUUGUUGGCUCCUAUCUCUGGGGCUUCCUCUCUGACAGAUAUGGAAGAAGGAAUGGGUUUCUGUUCACUGCAAUAGUUACCUCCAUAGCCGGUCUCUUCAGUGCGUUUGCUUGGAACUACUAUGUGCUAAUGAUUGCUCGUUGCGUUGUUGGUGUGGGGUUGGGAGGUGUGCCAGUAGUCUUCACCUGGUUCUUGGAGUUCAUACCAGCACCAAAUAGAGGCCAAUGGAUGGUUGCUUUCAAUCUGUUCUGGACUCUUGGAGCCAUUGUUGAAGUUGGUUUAGCAUGGAUCGUUAUGCCGACACUGGGAUGGAAGUGGCUCGUCGGUCUGUCAGCAGUUCCCUCGUUCGUUCUCCUUUUUUUCUACUACUGGACCCCUGAGUCGCCAAGGUACCUGUGCCUCAAGGGGAAGAAAGAUGAGGCGCUUAAGAUCAUGGAGAAAGUGGCCAAAUGCAACAACAAGAGCCUGCCUCCUGGUGUUCUGCUCACUGACCAUGAGAUUGAGCAACAAGGGCAGGUCUAUUCUGCCGAUUCGGAGCCCCCUUCGUGGGAAGAUUCCAACUUGGGGCUCCUCAAGACACUCAGGCUGCUGCUCUCGCGCAAGCUAGCUCGUGCCACAGUGAUGUUGUGGAUCAUAUUCUUUGGGAACGCGUUCUCGUACUACGGACUUGUUCUGCUCACCACACAGUUGAACCGCAGCGAUCUGUGCAAUUCGAAUGUGAAGAAAUCAGAUGACUCUGGUGCUGGUAUUGAUUACAAGAACGUUUUCAUCGCCACUCUUGCAGAAUGCCCGGGCGCCCUUGCUGCCAUUCUGCUAGUGGACAGAGUUGGUCGCAAGUAUACCAUGGCAGGUUUGUUGUUAGUUUGCAGUGCCUUUGUGGUGCCAUUGGUUACACAUCAGUCUUCCAUGGUGACCACGAUUCUUCUGUUCGGAGCUCGUAUAUGCAUCACUGGAUCUUUUGCAAUUGCCUUUGUCCUGGCUCCGGAGCUGUACCCGACAUCAGUGAGGUCAACCGGGUUUGGAAUCGCGAGCUCCAUGGGAAGGAUCGGUGGGAUGACUGCCCCAUUCGUGGCGGUGAGCUUGACAGAAAGAUGUAUGCAGCGAGAAGCCGUGCUGCUGUUCGUCGGUAUUGUUGUGAUCGCAAUGAUCGCGACCCUGUUGAUUCCAUACGACACCAAGGGGAUGGAGCUGACGGAGAGCAUAUCCAGCAUGAAGAAUGAAUCAAAGGACUCUGGUGCGCCAGUCAAGCCUCGUCUUGCAGAGGCCUGAAAUUAGUACACCUAGGAUUUUAUACACUGGUUUUUAUAGUAUAGUACAGGAGAUAAGUGCUGCCUUCGCUUGCGGGAGCAGAUUGUCAUCUAGAUUAUUAGGAGGAUUUGAUCUGCCAGACAAAUAAAAGAAAGGCAUAUGAUGCAGCAAGCUUGAGGAUGGUAGCAGGCAGGCAAUAACAAUGGAGGUUAUAAAGCUUGUUUGAUCAGCAAGCUGCUUCUCGACUUGCAGUAGUCAAUAGAAGGGAUCAGAAGAAAGUUGAAACCUUAUGUUUUACUAUCAGCAGGAGAAAUUUAUGUCGCCAUGGUUGCCGCUGACAGUCCUGUAUUUUGUUAGGCCUGUCAGGGAAUCCCUCCCGAGAGGCUGACUGAAAAUUUGGAUUGAUGGCUGUAGUUAUUCCAUUGUUUUGAGCUAUUAAUAUAAAAAGUUGCAGAACGAUUUUACUCUGAAAUGAUAAGUUGUAACUUGUAAGGAUCAAACCUAUGAGCUUGUUGUCUCAAUUCUUGUACCUUGUCACUUAAGGCAUCUCUUGGUGAGUGGAGUAUGGAGUUUGGGGCAGAUAUGUGAUUCUUUUAUGGCUUAAUUGCAAGUUUGGUCACUCGAAUUGCUAUAAAAUUUCAUGUUUGCC